AUGACGACUUUCGGCGGAUACAGCAAGACUUCAUACGGGGCACAAGGCGGUGACGAUGCUGGCGGCUUCUUCUCUGGAGGCUCCCAGCAAGGUAGCCAGGGCGGCCAAGGAGGCGGAAAGGGCUACAGCGAUGAGUCUCUCCGACCCGUCACCAUCAAGCAGCUCAUCGACCUCGAGGAGGCGUAUCCCGGCGCCGACUUCGCAAUCGACGGCCACCCCAUCACCCAGGUCACCUUAGUUGGGCAGGUCCGCAAUAUCAACACGCAGAAGACCAACAUAACGUAUGUGCUGGACGACGGCACGGGCACCAUUGACGUCAAGAAGUGGAUCGACGCCGACAAGGAGGAAGAUGCCGACCCCAAGUACCAGGAGGACCAGUAUGUGCGCGUAUGGGGUCGCCUAAAAUCUUUCAACAGCAAGAAGCACGUCGGCGCUCAUUUCAUGCGCGCGGUGGACGAUUUCAACGAGGUCAAUUAUCACCUGCUAGAGUGCACUUACGUCCACCUGUACUUCUCCAAGGGUGCUCUCGGCGGCCAGGGAGGAGCGGGUGAAAACGGCGCGGCCAACGGCGGCGGCGACGGCAUGUUCGUCGACUCGGGCGCUGGUUACCAGAACGGGAACUCGAGCAAGCUCACCGGCUGCUCGGCACAAGCACAGCGCAUGUACAACUUCCUGCACAACUCGCCGGGUGGAAACGAGGGUAUGCACCUGAACAUGAUCUCAAAUGGCACCGGCAUGUCGGUAAGGGAUGUGAUUGGUGCAGCAGAUGAACUCCUGGGUCAAGGCCUGGUCUACACUACUAUUGAUGAUGAGACUUGGGCCAUCCUAGACUACUGA